AUGAUAGACAAUUAGAAUAUAGGAAGUGACGACGAAUUAGAUAUUUAUGAACCAGGAACUUCAGGCGAAAUCAUUAGCUACUUGAAAAGAAACUUUAAUACAUUAAAUGAUUAGGUUUUAGGAGCUAGAAAAAAAGCUAUCCUCAACAUUUAUGAAAAACUAUCUGAAAGCUAAUUUGCUAUUUCUGGAAUGGUUUCUCAAUAGAUCAUGGUUAAGUUCAAUAAAUAAUUAUUAUAAUGUUUUUCGGAUAGAGCAGAGAAGAUUAGAGAAUACUCUAUCAAAAUUAUUUCUGAAUUAUUGUCCAAAUGUGAUGAUAUGUAACCUUUCUUACCUUAUGUGAUAUCUAUUGUUUGUGAGAGAGUUAAUUGCCAAGACCUUGAAGGAAUUCUCAAUGUUCCAGAAGUUAUGAGACCUCCCCCAGGUUAGAAGCCCAAAAUGCUUAUCAAGCUAGUCGAAGAAUCUGAAGAGUUGCGCUAAGAAUUGUGUAAAUUAAUGCAUGUGAUAGUUACCUGUUCAAAUUCAAAUAUGCUUUAUAAUCAUGUGGAUGAUAUUUGUAAUAUUUUGAGAGCUCUAUCCAUGGAUCCAUGCUCUGAAGUUUAGAAAUUAGCAUGUAAAUGUGUUUCAGAAUUCUGUAUUAAUAAUAAGGAACUGCUUCUGCAUUUUACAGAAAUUUUGGCAAGAGGACUUCUUUUACCUUUGAUUAGUAAGAAAUCAAAAGUUAGAAUUGCUGCUUUGGAAGCUCUUGGAUCUGUGUUACAGUGUGGAGUAUGGAAAUACAAUGCAAAUGUAUUUGAAAUUUUAGUUGGAUUUAGAGAUCCUAACUCCGUUCCAAUUAAAGAUUUUUAUGAACCUUCACAUAAUAUAAACUAUUUAGCCACUUUUAUUACUGAUCCAAAAGUUAAUGUUAGAGAUAUGUUUUUAAGGUGUGUUGGAGAUUGGGUUUCUAGACUACCUGAUAGAUAUGACCAUUUGCCAAGACUGAUACCUUAUCUUAUAUCAGGCUUGUUUGAUGAUUUCGAAGAAAUUAGAGAAACAUGUUUUGAAGUCUUAGAAGAAGCAGGCUAAGAGGAAGAAAGAGAAAAGGAAAAAGAAUUAAGAGAAGCUAAAUAAUUCGGUAUGGACUCUGAUUGGACUUAUGGAGGUAAGUUGAAAAACCUACCACUACCUGACCCAAUAAAAAAGAGACCUUGUUUAGGUGCUAGAAUGCUUGUUAGAGGACAGUAUCGUAAGUUUUAGAAGGCAUUAUUUAAUGAGUUAAAGGAUAAUAAUCUUAGUGCACGUAUUAGAGCUGCUAAUUUAAUGAGAAUAAGUGUUAUUUACUGUGAAGAUUAUAUGACUUAAUUUUUAGAUGACGUAAUAAGAUCAUUAGUUUGGUAAUUAGUUUCUGAUAAAGCUGAAGAGAAAGUUAUUUGCCAGAAAAUAUAAGAGAGUUUCUUUUAUAUUGGAAGGUUCUGUGAUUUUAAUACCUAUUUACCAAUUAUUAAGAGUGGAUUGAGUGGAGAAUUUUAUUAAAAUGAAGACUAUGUAAGAUGCAGUUUUGAAGGAUUAGCUUAAUUGGUAAAAGGUAGCUUAGAAGCAAUUCCUAAUGGAUAAGGAAUUGGUAAAAAGAUGAAAUUAGUAGAAGAAGUUCUUGAUAUUAUAACCGAAAAGUCUAUUAUUAAUUCAAUAUCAACAUUUAAUUAUGUUCAAGCAGCAAAUCUUAUGGAGGGUUUGAUUAGAGGAAUAUUGAAGUAGGGUAAAAAAGAAGAAGUAGAAAUAUUAUUAAAAUAGAGGUAUUAAAAGUUAAUGACUAUUCUAGGAAUAAUAAGCUACAUACAGCUUGUAGAUAAAGCUUUUAUAGUUACAACCCCUUUGAGCUAUUAGAUUCUAGAUACUAUAAUUUAAGCAGCUUAAAACAGCGACGUUUUUAAAUUACUAAAUGAUAUUUUAGAUUAUUCUGAAAGCAAAUUAUAACUUUUUUCAGAAAAAGUAACUUAAGCAGCUGAUAAUUUAGAUUCUUUAAAUUUUGGUGAUAUUACAUGGAAAAGUUUAGUAGGUUAGGUGAUUUACCACAUUUUGUAUGAAAAUAGCUUUGAAAAUGUGGCUAAAAUUUAUGAGAUAAUAAAUUACCUUGUUAAAAACUCUUAAAUUCCUGAUUUAUGUGAUUUUGUAUCCAAAUUAAAUGCUUUAUUUAUUUAAAAAAUUAAGAUUUAACUUAAGAACCCUCAAUUGAAAAUGGAAGGAGGCAAUUAACUUAGUUUAUUUUAUGGAGGUUUAUUAGAAUCAUAAAGUUUAGUUACCAAGUGGAUGUAAGAUGAAACAGCAAAAAUUAAAAUUACUCAAUAGUUUAUUUAGAAUUUCUAUUUGCUCUACAAGUUCAAUAUAGAAGGAUUAUUUGAGUCUGAUAUUGAUAAAAUGCUUUAAGACUACUUAGAAAGAGGAUCUCUUUAAAAUUUAAGUUCUUUGAUUGGAUCUAUCCCUAUAUUACACAAAAAGUUUUAUAAAAAAUAAGAUAUCGACAUGACAAAAUUGUUAUAGUUUAUAAUAAAAAAAAUUCAUAAUAAAAUUCAACCAUACCUGAAAGAGUUAUAUAUUGGAGAAGGCGAUUAGAAACUAUUUGUCGUUCCUUUACUUAUAGCCUACACUAUCGAGAGACUAGAAAGAUUAGGAGAUCCUGCUGAUUUAAAACUGGCAGCUAUUAAUUUUGAAACUUUAGAUCUUCUUUUAGAGUAUAUUCCAACUGUGGCGGACCAACCCUACUUAGGUGAUAAGCACAUAUUUGAAAACUACACUGCUUUUAUUUAAAAAAUGAUUAAAUAUGCUUUGGAUGAAAAAGAUGUUGAAAUAAAAGCAUAUUAUUUGGCAACAUUAAAAAAAUUAGUUAACAAGACUACUUUUAAUUUUAGAAUGGAAUACGAAUCAGCUAUUUCUAACAAGCAGUUUGCAAGAAUAGAUCUUUUAAAGGUUCUUCAACCAAAAUGA